AUGGAGAGCAACACCAAGAAAGACAAGAAAGCAAACCACUGCAAACGUCGAGACCUUUUUGCAUUUGUAAGAAAGACCAUGUGCAUAGCGGCCAUGUAUCCCUUCGGCUAUUACGUCAAGGGUUCGGGAUGCCUGGCGCAUCUGGUUCGGGUUUUGGAUCUGUUCUACGAACUAUUUAACUAUUUUGUUUCGGUGCAUAUAGCUGGUUUGUUUAUCUGUACCAUCUAUAUAAACUACGGACAGGGCGACUUGGACUUCUUCGUAAACUGUUUAAUUCAAACUAUCAUUUAUGUGUGGGCCAUUGCCAUGAAGCUCUACUUUCGACGAUUCAGGCCAGGAUUGCUAAAUGCAAUUCUGACCGACAUUAAUGACGAAUAUGAGCCACGGUCUGCAGUAGGAUUCAAUUAUGUUACUAUGGCGGGAUCCUAUCGGAUGGCCAACCUGUGGAUCAAGAACUAUGUAUACUGGUGUUAUAUUGGCACUAUUUUCUGGCUGGUGCUUCCCAUAGCCUAUCGCGAUAAAAGUCUACCGCUAGCCUGUUGGUAUCCCUUCGACUACACGCAACCAUUUGUCUAUGAGAUUGUGUUCUUCCUUCAGGCGGUGGGCCAAAUCCAAGUGGCGGCUGCCUUUGCCUCCUCCAGUGGUCUGCAUAUGGUGCUUUGUGUCCUUUUAUCGGGACAAUAUGAUGUGCUCUUUUGCAGUCUUAAAAACGUUUUGGCCACCAGCUAUGUGCUAAUGGGAGCCAAUGUGGCUGAACUCAGGCAAUUGGAAGCUGAACAGUCUGUGUCCGAUGCGGAGCCUGGUCAAUAUGCCUACUCUCUCGAGGAGCAGACACCUUUACAAGAACUCACACAGCCCUCAGCAGAAAUGGCACGGAAUUUUGCAACAGCAUUCAGGAUCUCCUUCAUUCACUGCAUUCAACACCAUCGUUUCAUAGUGGCGACCCUGAAAGAAAUGGAACGUUUCUAUAGUCCCAUAUGGUUUGUGAAGAUCGGUGAGGUCACUUUUCUUAUGUGCUUGGUGGCGUUUGUCUCGACGAAGAGCACUUCGGAAAACUCCUUCAUGCGGAUGGUCUCCCUGGGCCAGUACUUGCUGCUGGUACUCUUUGAGCUCUUCAUAAUCUGCUAUUUCGCAGACAUCGUAUUCCAAAAUAGCCAACGAUGUGGAGAGGCCCUUUUGCGAAGUCCUUGGCAGCGACACUUAAAAGAUGUUCGCAGUGAUUAUCUAUUCUUCAUCCUGAAUUCCCGUAGACAGUUUCAACUCACCGCCGGGAAAAUAACCAAUCUAAACGUGGAACGAUUCAGAGGGACUAUUACGACUGCUUUUUCGUUUCUCACCUUGCUGCAAAAAAUGGAUUCUCGAGGCUAA